CCCGCCCACGCCGCCGCCGCCGCCGCUGCCACUCCUCGACCCCUCCGAGUCCUUGGCCUCGCUGCCGGAGGUGGGCGCGCCGCGGGCGCGCGCACGCCGGCCCCCAACGCGCUGCCACGCGCGCGCCCGCCGGCCGGGGCCUCGGCGGCGCGCGCCCACUUCCACUUCCGGCUGCGGACGCUUGCGCUCUUAGCGGGGCCUAGCUAGCAGGGUCUAAACAGAGCUCCCCAUGCUGGGCCCUGGAAUUCAGCAGGGGUUGAAGCCCCUGACCUGUCAUCUGUAAGCCACUCUAGCCAACUCCUCAGCCAUCAUCAGCUCUCAUGGCUACGUUGCUCCUGAAUCUAGAUUUUGGGGAACCCCCUCCCAAAAAGGCCCUAGAAGGAAAUGCCAAGCACCGCAGCUUUGUCAAGAAACGGCGGCUCUUGGAACGCAAGGGGUUUUUGAAUAAGAAGAACCAGCUGCCUGGCAGGGCUGCUAAGUCGAACUCCGAACCUCCCAAGAAGGGGGAGGCACCUAAGGUGGAUGGUGCAUGCAAGGCCGCUCCCCUCCCAAAGAAGAAGAAAAAGACAGCGGCCUCCAGUGUGGGGUCUGAGCAGCCGCAGAAGAAAGCAGCCGUGUCUUGGCUGACCCCGGCUGCUUCGAAGAAAGUGGAUGCCCUGGCUGCUAAAGUGGACCUGCUGGGUGAGUUCCAGAGCGCCCUGCCGAAGGUGAAGGGCCAGUCCGCUGGCUCCCAGAAGAAAGGCCACCAGAAGCGGACUGCCCAGUACCACAGCCAGGCACAGUCUGAAAAGAAGUUGCCGGGGAAGAUGGUGGCAAUAGACUGUGAGAUGGUGGGCACAGGCCCGAAGGGGCACAUCAGCUCCUUGGCCCGGUGUAGCAUUGUCAACUACGACGGUGACGUGCUUUACGACGAGUACAUCCUGCCCCCCUGCCCUAUUGUGGACUACCGGACCCGGUGGAGUGGCAUCCGGAAGCAGCACAUGGCCAAUGCUACCCCCUUCAAGACUGCCCGGAGCCAGAUCUUGAAGAUCCUCACAGGGAAGAUAGUGGUGGGGCAUGCCAUCCACAAUGACUUCAAAGCCCUCCAGUACUUUCACCCCAAGUCCCUCACCCGUGACACCUCGCAUAUUCCCCUCCUCAACCGGAAGGCCGACUUCCCAGAGAACGCCACCAUGUCUCUAAAGCGUCUCACCAAGCAGCUGCUGGACCGGGACAUCCAGGUGGGGAAGAGCGGACAUUCCUCUGUGGAAGAUGCUCAGGCCACCAUGGAGCUUUACAAGUUGGUUGAAGUCGAGUGGGAGCAGCACCUGAUCCAGAAUCCCCCAAAAGACUAGCAGUGAUGGGCACACUGGCAGGAUGGGGAAUCAGAAGCAACACC